UCCCUCCCAGUGCUCCCAGUUUGGCUCAGAGUCCCCAGCUCGGCCUCUCCCAGCUCAGCCCUGCCCGGACCCCGAUGACGCGCGGCCUCCUCGAGCUCUCAUUGGCCGCCCAAAAAACCCCAAAAAACCCCAAAACGCCCCAAAAUGUCCCCAAAAUGUCCCCACCCAGGGGGUGGCACCCGGAGGGGACCCCCAGGAAGGCGACAACGCUUCCCAGUUCCUCCCAGUUCGUCCCAGUUCGUCCCAGUUUGGCCCGGUUGGCGAUGCUGCCGCUGCUGCUGGCGGCGCUGGGAGCGCCCGGGGCGGCCCCGUUCGUGCUGCAGGUGGCCUCGUGGUGCUCGCUGGCCCCGAACGGCUCGGCGGGUUUGACGCUGGCGCUGUCGCGGAUGCCGCUGGCCCCGUUCGUGCUGCAGGUGGCCUCGUGGUGCUCGCUGGCCCCGAACGGCUCGGCGGGUUUGACGCUGGCGCUGUCGCGGAUGCCGCUGGUGUGCGCGGAGCUCCGCGGGGGCCGCACCGGGCCCUGCCCCGGAGCCGGGGCCGCUCUGGCCGAGCUCGGGGCCCGCCUGGCCCAGGCCCUGCAGGGGGACCCGAGGUGGCAGCGGAGGCUGCGGGAGAGGGAGAGGGUGUGUCAGGAACUGCCCCGGAUCGUGGGGACACUGCCCAGAGCUCCCCCGCAGCUGCGCAUCGUCCCCGAGCGCUCGGGCGCCGCGCUGACGCUGGCGUGUCACGCCUGGGGCUUCUCCCCGCCCGACAUCACCCUGAGGUGGCUCCGCAACGGCGCCGUGGUCGAGGACCCGCGGGGGCCGCCCCGGGCGCUGCCGCUGGGCGACGGAACCUUCCGGACCCAGGUGAACGUCGAGGUGACACCGGGGACAUCCGGGGACAUCUUCGAGUGCUGGGCGCUGCACCCCAGCCUGGAGGAGCCCAUCAGCGUCACGUGGGCUCCAGGAAUGUCCCCAAAAUUGUCCCUCCUGGUGGCCCUGGCGGUGCUGGCGCUGCUCCUGGGGCUCCUCCUCUUCAUCUUUGGCCUCAGCCGCUACCUGAGCACAGGUUACACCCCGCUCCCCAGUGACACCCACACAGGCAACAUCUGAGGACUCUCCCAGGACAGGACCUGAAAAUCCCGAAAAAAUCCCCAAAAUCCACCCCAAAAAAACCCAAAAAUCCACAAUUUCGCCCCAAAUCCUGCCCAAAAAAAUGUCCCUCAAAUCCUGUUAAAAAAUCCCCAAAAAUCCCCUCAAAAAGCCCCAAAAAUCCCAUUUAAAAAACCCAAAAAUCCCCUCAAAAAGCCCCAAAAAUCCCAAAAAAUCCCAUUUAAAAAAACCAAAAAUCCCAUUAAAAAUCCCCCAAAAAAUCCCCUCAAAAAGCCCCAAAAAUCCCAAAAAAUCCCAUUAAAAACCCCAAAAAAAUCCUCUCAAAAAACCUCAAAAAUCCCCCUCAAAUCUCAUUAAAAAACACAAAAAAUCCCCUCAAAAAGACCCAAAAAUCAUAAAAAAAUCCCAUUAAAAAACCCCAAAAAUCCCAUUAAAAAUCCCAUUAAAAAUCCCCACAAAAAGCCCCAAAAGUCCCAAAAAAUUCCAUUUAAAAACCCCAAAAAAUCCUCUCAAAAAGGCUCAAAAAUCCCAAAAAAAUCCCAUUAA